AUGGCGAAGAAGAUACCCCGUGUAGUCUCCGGCCGCGCUACCGGCGAGUCUAGGGUUGACCUAGCGGAACAGGUCGCUUGUGAUACCGCUCGAUGUACAGAUCUUCGUGCACGUCUCGUCAACCGCCGUAGUGGUGUACUAGCUACCGCAGUAAAGGGUAGUGCUAUUAGCGACGGUGCUGUUAGCGGGCGGCAGGAUAGCAGUACUUGUGUAGCCUGUGCUACUACCAGGUGCGACUACGACACUCGGGAUAGGGUUGGAGACGUUGUAGACGCCACCCUACGGCGACAGGCAGAGGGUGCGGCCGUGGAUCCAGACAGUGGAGACGAGGUUGUCACAGAAGAAGUUGGUUAUAUGGCCAGUGUUGGCGCUCUGCAGCGCAGCUGA